UUUAAACUGUGUUGUAGCUGGACUCCUGUGGCACCACCAUAUCAGAGGAAAGAGGAGGGUAUUACCACAUGAGUGAAUUUUGGAGCUACGACUUCAUCCAUCCUAUUUCCAUGAAUCUCUGAAUCUCCAGGGAAACUUCAUGUGAUUUCUGGUCAAGAUUGGAAUUUGGGUUCUGAGCAGGACUUCAUCGUUGCCUUCUGGCCUGGGAAGGUCAGUCAGCAGACCCACAGGUGGCAUUCUGAAGCUCAAGAUAGUUCCCAUUUCUGGGAGAACACUGAGCAGGCCCAUCUUGAGCAUGCCAGGGCCAGGACACAGCCUCCACUCGAGGAGCAGGGGAAACCUUGCAGAUGCUCUGAAUAUCCUUCUGAUCAUUGUGGAUGAUCUUCGACCCUCCCUGGGCUGUUAUGGAGAUAAGCUAGUGAGGUCCCCCAACAUUGACCAACUGGCAUCCCACAGCAUUCUCUUUCAGAAUGCCUUUGCACAGCAAGCAGUGUGCGCACCAAGUCGAGUGUCCUUCCUCACUGGGAGGAGGCCUGACACCACCCGCCUGUAUGACUUCAACUCCUAUUGGAGGGUACACUCGGGGAAUUUUUCCACUAUCCCCCAGUACUUCAAGGAGAAUGGCUACAUGACCAUGUCGGUUGGAAAAGUCUUUCACCCUGGUAUAUCUUCCAAUCACAGUGAUGAUUCUCCAUACAGUUGGUCUUUUCCACCUUAUCAUCCAUCAACAGAGAAGUAUGAAAACACUAAGACAUGUAGGGGACAAGAUGGAAAACUCCAUGCCAACCUGCUUUGUCCUGUGGAUGUGGCAGAUGUGCCUGAGGGCACCUUGCCUGACAAACAAAGCACUGAGGAAGCCAUUCGAUUGUUGGAAAAGAUGAAAACAUCAGCCAGUCCUUUCUUCCUGGCAGUUGGGUAUCACAAGCCACACAUCCCCUUCAGAUACCCCAAGGAAUUUCAGAAGUUGUAUCCCUUGGAAAAUAUCACCCUGGCUCCUGAUCCCCAGGUCCCUGAUGGCUUGCCACCUGUGGCCUACAACCCCUGGAUGGACAUCAGGGAGCGGGAAGAUGUCCAAGCCUUAAACAUCAGUGUUCCCUAUGGCCCAAUUCCUGUGGAUUUUCAGCGGAAAAUCCGCCAGAGCUACUUUGCUUCUGUGUCCUAUUUGGAUACUCAGGUUGGGCAUCUUUUGAGUGCUUUGGAUGAUCUUCAUCUAGCCAACAACACAAUUAUUGCUUUCACAUCUGAUCAUGGGUGGGCCCUAGGUGAACACGGAGAAUGGGCCAAAUACAGCAAUUUUGAUGUCACUACACAUGUGCCCCUGAUGUUCUAUGUUCCUGGAAAGACAGCCCCACUUCCUGGAGUAGGCGAGAAGCUCUUCCCUUACCAGGACCCUUUUGAUCCCACCUCAGAACUGAUGGAUCCAGGUAGGCACAUCGUGGACCUUGUGGAACUUGUAUCUCUCUUCGCCACACUUGCUGGACUUGCGGGACUGCAAGUUCCUCCUCAAUGCCCCAUCCCUUCUUUUCAUGUUAAGCUGUGCAGAGAAGGCCAGAAUCUCCAGAAGCAUUUCCAGCUCCAUGACUUGGAAGAGGAUCCACACUUCCUUGGUAAUCCCCGGGAGUCCAUUGCCUAUAGUCAGUACCCGCGGCCUUCAGAUUCCCCUCAGUGGAAUUCUGACAAGCCAAGCUUAAAAGAUAUAAAAAUCAUGGGCUAUUCUAUACGCACCAUAGACUAUAGGUAUACUGUGUGGGUUGGCUUUAAUCCUGCUGAAUUUCUGGCUAAUUUUUCUGACAUCCAUGCAGGGGAACUUUAUUUUGUGGAUUCUGACCCAUUGCAGGAUCACAAUGUAUAUAAUGACUCCCAACAUGGAGGUCUUACCCACUCAUUGAAGCCUUGAGUUCUGCCAGCCAAAAAGGACACAUAUGUGUCCCCUUGCCCACUUCUGGCUUGUGAAAAGUGACAUUAGAGAUGGUUAUCUUUUACUACCCAUUGUAUUAGAUGUAACAUGAGUGGGAAGCAAUCAAAACAUGCAUCAUCAAUUUGGCCUAGGACUAUGUGGCAGACAAGUCUUUUUAUUUAGUUCUUAAGUUAUAAUCAAUCAUUGGAUUUGGGCUAGGCUGAAACUCAUCCAUUUUAAAAGCACUCAUAGCUUAGAUUAAAUAAGUACAAAGUGAACUUACUGAAAUAUAAUCAUACCUUUGUAUAUAAAAUCCAUGCCAGCCAAAAAUAAUACUAUACUCAAGAAAUAAUUUCCUUGUCAAAUUUAGUGCAUUUCAAAAAGUAACCAUAUAUCUUAGGUAGCCCAUUAUAGUAAAACAUGUUAACAUGGGACUCAUUUAUUCUUAAGUGUGAAAUUAAGUAGUAAUUCUAGAAGCAACUACUAUAUGGUCUAUGUUCAACUUUUGCUUCUAAGACUACAGAUUUAAAAAUCAAAGGUAAAAUACACAUGGGAUUAUUAGUGCAGCAUUUCUUCAUUAAAUAAAAAUGCUUAGUAAAGUAUAGAUAAAGGUAAGAAAUUCAGUACUUGCUGGUCCAAAUAAUAAUUUGUUAGUAAAUAGCAUAACUCUUGAACUCAAUGGCUGUCUGUUCAAAAGUCUGUUAUUCACAAUAAAAAGCAUUUAAAAUGUAACUAUACCCAUGAUUUGAAUAUACAUUCAAAAUUGUAUUCAUGUUCCUAUUUAGAGAAUUGCAGAUACCCAUUUAUCCUGGAGGCAGAAGCUAUUCUACUUCUACCUUUUGGUAAAGAAAGCAUGAAUUUAUGAAAUGUAAAUUUUCAUGUGGCUUGUGGAAACUUUUCAUUAAUAGGGUGUAAGUAAUUUUCAGAAUGUAGUUCUGCAUUCCCUGCAUAUUGCUUAAAUAUGAAAGUGACAGAAAAGGUAUGUCGUAGGGAUAAUGUUAUUUCAUUGCUGUUAAAGAAAAGUCAGUUCUUUAGUAUGCUAAAAACUGUUCCAUUAUCAGUAGUCAACAGCUUUCCAACAUACAGUGUAUUUAGUCUUGUCUUAAAGGAGUAAUUUCAACAAUUUUCUCCUUAAAAAUGCCUGAGUAUUUCAAGGUAAAUGUCUGUAAAACAAAAUAUAGCAAAUAGCUAAUUAGAAUAAAUUGAUGUCAUAUAUUAAAUUGUAACCCAAAAGCCAAGAUGUUAUUUUUAAGUCUGUAAAAUCUCAAAGACAGAUUGUUUUUGCUAAUUGGCCUAUGGUAGGAGAGGUUGCUGACAGUACAGUGAUUUUGCUGAACAAUUAAAUGACUGUCUUGGCAACAGUAAUUUGUAUUUGGGGAUUGAUUUUCCCAUUCAUCUCCCCUGAUCCUUGUCUAGAGACUGGCUUUUGUAGAUUAUUUGUUUCAGUCUUUUCUUGUUCUUUAUCUUUUUUACCCUCAUUGAUUGACUCAGUACCAUUUUUGUAAUUUAGUUUAGAAGUUGUUCACAGCUUGUUUUUAUUUUACCUAGCUUCGUCUCCUCCACAGUUAUGGAGACAGAUUUUGACACAGGUUUUUAUUUUAUGUCCAUUUAUUGUUCCUGUUUGACCAUAGUAUAUACAUUUCAUUUUUCUCUUAUUUUAUUUCCUAAAGCACAGUUUUAGUGUCAACCCCCUCCAAAUUCUGCUUCCUAUGAAGUCAUAAGCCCAAUGGUGCUGUCCAUUUAAUAGCCACAAGAUAUAUGUGACUAUUUACAUUUAAACUCAUUGACAUGAAAUAAAAUUUUAAACGAUUUCUGGUACAUCAUAAUUCAAGUGCUCAGUAGCUAGACUUAGAACCUUUCCGUCAUAGCAGACAGUUCUACUAGACAGAGCUUCCCUGGAUUUGAGCUGGAUUUGUUGGCCAUGAUUGGCACGUUCCUACUGUCCUGUAUUUGCCCAAUAUGAACAAACCAUGUUUCGUUUAGGCAUAGAGUGAGGAGUUUGCUGUGGCCAUCAGCCUCUUCCUUUCAUUCUCAUUGCCAUUGCCUCUGUCCUUCUCUCUCUCCUUUCCAAAUAGUUUACCUCCCCCACCACUUUUCCACCCCUGUUCCUUAAGGAAUCCAUGUGUCUUCCUAAAAAUCCCUCUUGACCCUGCCCUUUGAGAACACCGUCAGUGCCUACUAAGGGUCUAGAAAGACCCCCGCUGAGCAGUCAGAGUCUUCCCUGGCUCCACAAUGCCCCUUCCCUUGGCUGACUUUCCCUUGCCAAUCCCUGCCUCCCUGGCCCUUCUAGCUUGUGCCUCUAUUCUUUGCUCCAGCCCCCUCAUGGCCAUUCUUCAUAGCCUGGCUCCCCUGACCCCACUGCUUAGAGGCUAAGGCUUUUGGGACUCUCUAGACUGUAUUGUGGGGGAAAAGGAACAUGUCUAAAAAAUCUGCUAUUUACUUAACUUUUAAAAAGGCACUUUUUCUCAUUAUGAAUUUGAUGUGUUAAUUAUAGAAAAAUUGGAAAUCAGAAAUAAAAUAAAUGGUGAGAAAAUGAGUGCUUUAUCCUGAGAUUGCCAUUUAAUAUCUUGUCCUUUUAGUGGUAUGAAUGUUUUAUAUUUCUUGAUCCUCUAUGUUCUUUAUAAUACAGUUUCUGUUCUUUCUCUCUAAACAUUAUAUAUGGUUAUUAGUGACUUUUGCAGAUAUUUUAUAUUGCUGGUAAUAUAUUUUAUUGCAUAGUUUUGUUGUACUUUUCUUAACCUUCUCAGUUGUUGGAAAUUUAGGUUAUUUCCAAACUUUCAGUAUUAUAAAUAAUGCUAUGACCAACUUUGUGAAUAGAAUGUUUUUAUGUAUUUCAAAGUAUUCCCAUAGGAUAGUCUCUAAGUGCCAUGUCAUCCAAAACAGCUCCAUUUUCUCCUCACUCUAUCUCUACUAUAACAUACUAAAGUUAGGAAACAAAGUCAACAAACCAAUAACACCAAGGAAGAAAGCCUGUAGUCCUACAAUAAUAGGUGAAAGUUGUAUGUUGCUUUGACUUCUGCUUCUUUGCAUAUUAAUGACAGAAGCCAUUAUUCGCUCUGUGUGAUAGUUGGGUAUUUACAUUUCUAGUUGUCUGACUUUGUGUGGUCAUAUUAUGGGUUUUACCUUUUAAUGUAAUAAAAUAAAUUGCUCUUUUCUGGUAUGAUGGUUUUUCCUGCAUAUUUGUAUUAACUAUAGAACAACUCCAUUUAGGAACUGAAUAAAUACUUACUUUCCUUUUGAUUUUUGGAGGGAGA